GCUAAAUGAUUCCAAUAAUCCGCAAACAUCAUUGGCAUCAUUAUCAAUGACGCAGAAUGGCCAAAAAUUUAAAAAUAUUGAUCAUGAAUAUGUGUCUCAAGUUCAAGACGCACAAGUUCGUGUGGAGGAAAAUCCACCAAAAAACAAACAGCCGCCUCCACAAACAACAAUGGCCAAAACAAUAUAUGACGACGACGACGCCGAUGUUUAUAUAUUGGCAGCCAUAAAUUCUAUAAAUAAUACUCAACCAAACGAAGUGGGAUAUUAUGCGGAAAAAAUUGAGCGCAUACAAGACGCCAUCGUUGUUCUCUUUGAAAAAAUUCAAAAUUCUUUAACCACAAAUCAUAAUAGCAGCGAUUGCGAGAGCACGAACGCAGUUAAACAAGAAUCGUGCGAUGCUCGAUUCGCACCAACACCACCCCCAUCGAGUGUAACAAGUGUUCGAAAUACCGAGAGAAUCGACAUUGAAGAGGUUCUACACAAUGAACAUGAUCUUGGUGAUCUCUGUGAUCGCCAGGUUGGCCAAAUUGUGGAACGCUCAGAUGUACGCGAUACGUUAGCUGAAGCGGUUGAUUACGGUGUCACGAACGAGCAAAUCAAUAGUACGGGUAGUUUUCUAGCUAAAAGUGAACAACCAACCUCCCCAUAUUCCCCCUUUCCCAAUCCGUCAAAUGAUUCUAUAUUGUAUACGUCACUUGAAGAUUAUACAAAUGCCAGUGAAUUAUUGCCAAAAUAUAAUGUGCUCGCAGUGAAUAAAGAAAUCAACGUUGACAUUAAAAAUAACUUGGAAUUCGAUACAAUUGACACAGUUGAUGAAUUAAUACGCGAAACGCAAAAUACGGUUACAAAUACGCGUGUAAAAAACGACUUAUCAAGUGUAAAAGUGAAUGAAAUGACAGUGACGCGUUUAGCGGACAAUGAACAAGAAAACCCAAACAAAGACUUACAAUCGAAUGAAGCUCUCGAGCAUACAAACAAUAUUUUAUCUAACGAUUUGCAAAUCGAUGAAAUGAAGUUCGAAAUGAAUAGAGUAAAAGGAGCUUUACCGAGUUCGGUCUCAGAACGUGCACUCGGUAAACAUGACAAUUUAAUAACAGGAAGUGGCCGUCAUGCUGGAACCAACGCAACAAGAUUAUCUUCGGAAACACCUUUAAGUAACAACAGAUUAUCAAACUCAUUAAGUUCAUCUAGAAAUUAUAAUGAUAGUUCAUAUACACCAAGAUCGGCCUUACAACAUGAGAGCAGUGCCUUGCUAUCUAAGCGUUCUACUCAUUUGCCACAAGAUACCAUUACAAAUCGUUCAGUUUUAAACACACCCCCAAUAAGUGAAACAAUUUCAAAUCGCUCUGCCUUAAAUUCAAUUAGAAACUCAAAUGAUACUACUGCUGAUGGACUUUCCAGCCGUCGGCCUUCUCUGGGUGCUUUAAGAAAUACACAAUCAACUUCUCUGCUAUCGGUAGAUUUGCCACGUUACACCCCCUUGCCAACAGUCAGCCAAACUGAUCAAACCCCUUUAGUUAGUCGUGCAGUUUCCAUAGACUCUUCUGAUGUUUUGCCAGAGAGGACACGUUUACGGCGACAAAGGCGUUUAAGAACUCAGGAUUCCCAAGAUGAGCCCGAAGAUCCGAUUGAGCGUUUAAAUCGUUUGAAAGCUCGCAUAUCGGCCUCUCUCAGCGAAGUCAAGGGAGUUUUAAAGCAAUACAGUACCGAAACCGAAAAUGAUACUGAAAAUCAAACAGCUACUUUAAAUAGUAUUAAAGAGGCUAAAGAGGAGGAAAAGAAAGAUGAAGGUCCGGUAUCGUUUAGAUUUGUGAAAAAAGUACGCAGACGUAGUCUGUUCACAGAGGAAGAGGAAAAAGAACAAAAGGAAAAGGAGAAAAAUGAGGCAAUGCUAAAAGACAAAAAUGAAAACCAGGUUGAGAAACAAUUAGGCUCAAAAGACGAAACGGAUAAUAUUAAAUCGGAAAUUGGAUUAACACUGCCAACUCAAAAUUCUGAAAUUAACAAGCAACAAAUUCAACAAGUUAAAGAUAAUAUUGAAAGCAAUCAACAAACCCAAGCAGCAUCUUCUGAAACAAAUGAAGUAAAACUUAAUAAAAAUCUUUACACUUUAAAAGAAGAUGUUCAAGAGUCUUUGGAAGAUCAAAAACAACCCGAAACUAAACCACAACCUAAUGAAAAUAACAAAACGCCCAGAGAUGAACUUCAAACUCUUAAGCAGGAAACAAAAGGAGCCAUACCCAAAUCAGCCAAUGAUGCUACACAGGAGACCACAACAGCGAAGACCAAGAAAAAGGUGAUAAUAAAAUCUAAAGAUCCAGCUCGUAGAGCUUCGUUGGCGGCUGUAGAGGGAUCCAAAAUAGAACCUCCAGUUAAAUUGGCCAUACCAGCAAAUAUACACAGACGACCUUCGGAUUCGGAGGCUGUGGUUAAGAAGAAACUACUUACCGCCAAAAUAAAUACUUCCGGUGUAGUUGAGGAAGUGACGCCAAAACCAAAGAUUGUGAAAGUUAAAAGAUCCUCUAUAAAAAACAAAAAUAACUCACAAUUGGCAACAGAGCAAUCGAAACUAAAAAAAGAAGAAAAAGAAGAAGCAAACGAUAAAAGUGAUGAUCAUGUCAAACCGUUAGACGAAGACAAUAAAUCGAUACACACUGAUAAAAACAAGGAUGUUUUAAUGCCAAAACAAAACGAGCAGCAACAACAAAAUAACACCGAAAUCACUAGCCAAAGAAAUUUAUUGCUGCCAACGCAAUUAGUGAUCGAUGAGGCGGCGUCAUUAAAUGUAAAAACAAUUGAAAAUUCAGUGCCACCGCCAAAACAACAACAACAACAGCAGCAGCUAGAACAAAAACAAGAAAAGCAGGCGACAAUCAAAUCUACAACUACAAAUUUCAAAUCAAACGAUUUACAAGCUGGUGGCGGUAUGUUAGAAAGUGUAACAACUGUGUUAAGUUCAUCAACAACCAGCGAAGCAAACGGUCAAAUUAAGCGCGAAAACGUCGUGGUGCCACAAGACGAUUUCGGGGAUCUCUUGCAACAAGAAACAACCAUCAUUAAACCUUCCAUCACAACAAACAAACAACAUGAAUUGAGUCUGGUCCAACCAGUUGGAAAUCAACAAUCAAAGGUUAAAGAUCUCCUACUGAAUCAAGCAUCCACGGAAAAGUUUAAAGAAAACUUGGAAAAUCAACAAACUGCAGAUCAGCAACAAAAGCCAACAACAGCACCAGAACAACAACAGGUGGUUGCAACAACGGAUGUUGUAGUCGCCAAAAGCGUAGACGAUAACAAACACGACGUCGCCAAAGCCGAAGCAUCAUUAAAAGAGCCUUGUAUAGAUAAAACGCCAACCUCAGAGCAACAACAACAUCGUCAUCAUCAUCAAUUGCUUGUAGAAGGCGAACAAUCAAUAACGAACGCUGCUGAUACAAAAACCAUAAGCUCUCCACACAUUUCCAUUAGUAGCACAACAGACAUCACACAAAAAACAACUGCAUCAUCAGCCGACACAGCCCCCCAGGAGGAAAAAGCUGAAGCACCAGCACAACAACAACAACAAAACACAAUGCCUGAAUUGCAAUUGGCACCCGCUCCCGUGCAAACGGCCGAAAUAAUUGCACAUCCAGAACAUCACAAGAAAAAAGUUAUUUUGAAAAAAAUUGUGCGACAAACGUCAGUAGAUAAAACCAAAAAAACCGGAUUAGAAACCACAAAACCACAAGAAAAUGUGGAGCAGAAAGCUGAAAAUGUGACCGUAGAAACAGCCUCAGAACCCGCUAAAGAUGAAUUGACCGAAGAAUGUUCAGAAUCUACAGAACUAUCGGAAUCAGCUUCCAUCGAUUCCGAGGAAGUGGCGGCCACAGAAAAACCCAAAAAAGAACGUAAAGUCAAACAGAGAGUCAUUAUUAAGCGACAAAAACGUAGACUCUCUAUAGGAGACACCUUCUUCCAUCCGGGCGCCGAACAAGAGCCACAAAAUACUGAUAUUGAAACUUUAGAAAAACCCAUAUCGUAUGUCACUGACGACGACGAAGAAGACAACGCAACUGAUGAACCAGAUGAGGAUGAGAAAAAAUCACAAGAACAGGAAGAGCCAAAGAAACCUCUGAAAUCAUGCAUCAUGCACAAAGAAUAUAACAUUGGCGACGAAGUCCUGUAUGCCGAACGCUUCAAGAAGACUCAGAUUAAGUGGCGUCGUGGACGCAUUAAGGAGCGUAUAACCAGCAUCUCCUAUUUAUUGGAUAUCGAUGGCAAAGAUGUAUCGUCGCACAUAAACUAUUUGAAAAGGUACACGGGCCGUAAAGUGUGUUUUGGCGGUAAGGAAUAUUUGGAAAUUGAUUACGAACAAUUGGCGGAAGAAGAGGAGAAAGCUGAAAGGCUACAAAGACGUACAUACAGCAUAUGGAAUAUGGUGUAAGUUGGAAUUUUCUAUAAAAUUUUUAAAAGUAUAACAAAACAACAAAAAAUCCCUUAACUUAAGUUAGUUGUAGCUGUAAUUUUAUCAAAACCUUGAAAUCUCUUAAAUAAGCAUUAACUUUUUGCAAGGAUUUGAUUGGAUAUUCUCAAAAAUCUGUUGCCAAAAAGUCGAAACAUUGUAAAUCGAUAAUUAUUUUUAUUAUUCCGAAAUUUUAAAUGUGAAAAUUAAAAAUUCUUGAGAACAAUCCUAUCUUAAAGUUUAUGUUUAUUAAGAUUAAAACCAAUUUUUUUUUAUUUUUACAAUUUUAUAUCCCCCAAAAAUCCUUUCGAAUUAUAGAGAGUGUAAAUAAAUCUUUAUAUUAUUGUUAUUAUUAUUUUUAACUUUUUUUACCACUUUAGAUUUAGUUUUUAAUUUGAGUUUAAUUAAAAAAUUUUAAUCGCUGUAAAAUUUUUUAAUGAUCUCUUUAACAUUCGUGUAUAUUGUGUGUAAAUAUGUAAUAAAUAAUUAGAACUACAUAUGU